CGCCGAAAGAAAUAAGAGUCGCACUGUUACCUUACAUUUACAACAACGUUACACGAUCCGCGGCGGCUCUUUUCUUCCCUUUCGCCGUCUCCGCCGCCGCACUUCUCCACCGCCCUUUGCAGAGCUCGUUCUCUGGUUGAAGAUUCUACUCUCUCGUCUUCAAUCUGUCUUCUUGUUGUUAUUCUUCUUCGUUUUCCUUCGUCGUCGUUCGGAGGUCCUUGGAUUCUUUGGUUUUUGAUCGAAUAGGCGUUUCGAGGACUGUUUCAAUGGCGAGUAGGAAGCUGGUCCGGGAUUUUCUCAUAGCGAAGCAUCCGAUUUUCGUCCAAAUGACGCAUCAACGGAGAGUAAACGCGAGGUUAGGGUUGCUGCCUGCUCAUGGGUCCCUGAAUCCUCGCCCGUUCAGUGUGUUCGGCGAGUUCUCGAAGAAAAUCAAAGGGGAGGCAGAGAGCAAUCCUGAAUUUCAACGAACGGUGAAGGAGCUGAAGGAGAGAGCCGAAGAGCUGAAAGGUGUAAAAGAGGGCUUGAAAGAAAGGACGAAGCAGACAACUGAGCAGCUGCAUAAGCAAGCUGAAGGUGUGUGGUCGGAGGCCGAAGCCGUGGUGAAAAAGGUUUCUUCUGAUGUUAAAGACAAGAUCUCAGCAGCCACAGAAGAGGUCAAGGAAACAUUGAAGUUUGGAAAGCAGGAGAGUGCUGGAUCCACAGAGUCUACAAGCACAGCUGGUACUGGCACAAAAGAUGCAGGCACUGGUACCUUCGAAGAAGAGAAACAACACCAGCAAUCAGGUCCUACCGAUUCACAGGAGACAUUAUUUGGAAAGUUUAAGUCAACUAUUUCUUCACCAAAGGUUUCUGGGGCAUUUUCCAAGCUGAAGGAAGCAAAAGUUGCUGACUUGGCAAAGAAGGGCUAUGACAUUGUGAAGGAUGAGUUGCGUGGUGCUCCAUCUAAGAAAAAGCACCUAGAAUGUACUCCUACCCCACAAUUUACUGGCGAGAGAAGUACGAGAACAGAAAUGGUGGUUGUACCAACAAAACAGCCUAUAUGGCGAAAGAAAUGGGAAGCCUUCAGAGAGAAGAUGCAAGGUCAUCCUGUAUUUAAACGUCUAAGUGGGAUCAGUGAACCUGUUGUCAACAAGAGCCAAGAGAUUGCGGAGGACGUGAGGGAAAGAUGGGAAACUAGUGAUAGCCCAAUUGUUCAUAAGAUUCAGGACAUCAAUGAUACAAUCUUUCAAGAAACAGAUUCCGCUGCUUCUUAUAAAGAAAUACGCCGCCGAGAUCCAUCUUUCUCCUUACCGGACUUUGUAGCAGAAGUUCAGGAAGCUAUCAGACCGGUCCUUAAUGCGUAUAUGAAGGCAGACGUUGAGACCCUGAAGAACUACUGUAGCCCUGAAGUCAUUGAACGGUGUAAAGCAGAGCAUGAUGCUUACAAAAGUCAUGGUAUAUUUUAUGACAACAAGCUUCUGCACAUAUCUGAAGUUGAGGUACGAGAGACAAAGAUGAUGGGAACUUCCCCUAUAAUCAUCGUGGCGUUCCAAACGCAACAAAUCUACUGCGUUCGUGACAGAAACGGGGCAAUCACCGAAGGAGGCAAGGAUACGAUCCAGACGGUGUACUACGCGUGGGCAAUGCAACAAGUGGAGCCAGAAGAGCUCGGAGAAGGCGCAUUGUAUCCGAUAUGGAGGCUAAGGGAGAUGCAGCAGCUUGGUGUUCAAGCUCUCAUCUAAAUAAGUUCAUAACCCAGACCCACACUGUAUGAUCAAAUCAAAUCACUCCAUUUUUUUCCCCUUAGAUCUUGAUGGAGUUCCCAGGGAGGGGAGGUCUCUCUGGGUUUAGAGGAAAUUUUGAUCAAUUUUCUGAUUUAUUUUGAGUUGCAUUUAUAGUAGUAGAUGCUGUUUGUUGUGUUGAAACUGUGUUAUUUGAUUCUGUCAUAAAGGCCCUGGUAAGGAAUAAAUAACAUAGUUAUUUUAGAAA